CAGCACAUGAAACAGCUGACCCUGUGACGUAACACUUUGAGGUUUUUGGGGCAUUCCUCUCAUUUCCAGUGUGUAGCUGUACCCGACGAAGAGUACAUUAGACUAUCUGAACAUGGCUUUAAAUCGAAAUCAUUCUCAAAACGGAGGGGUUUUGAUAAACAACGGCGAGAGUGUGUUGAGGGAAUGCAAGAAUGUGGAGCUGUCCUUCAGUGAUGUCACCAGCAAGACAGACCUGCUGAGGGGGACCAAGAAAGGGACUGUUUACCUCACUCCAUACAGGUUGGUGUUUGUGUCAAGUAAUGCCAAGGACAGCCUGGGGUCUGUGAUGUUCCCAUACUACCUGAUGAAGGGCUGCAGCAUUGAGCAGCCAGUCUUCGCCGCCAAUUACAUCAGGGGCACAGUGUCUGCUGAAGCUGGGGGAGGCUGGGAAGGCCAGGCUAGCUUCAAGAUGUCUUUUUCCAGUGGGGGAGCCAUCGAGUUAGGUCAGCACCUCUUCAAACUGGCAACAAAUGCAUCUCGUGCCCCUCCUGCUCAAAACGGAGGCGCCUCCUUUGGCUAUCCCUCUCCUGGAGUGAUGAAUGGCUACGGCCCACCACCUGUUCCUCAGAACUACCCGUAUGAACCCCCACCCCAGCAGAAUGGUUUCUACCAGGCUCCCCCAGGCAACAUGGGCUAUCCCUACCCUAUGGCAGCCGCAGGAAUGUACCCAUCUGCCCCUGCCUACAUGGCCCCACCUCCCCCCUAUCCUGGGCCCCCCCAAAACUGGGCUGCUCCCCCUGCAGGUAAUGCCAAGGCAGCAGAGGCAGCAGGCAGCGCCUAUUUCAACCCCAACAACCCCCACAAUGUCUACAUGCCCAUGGAACAGCCUCCUCCCUAUGCACCUUCUGCCCCUCCUGCUCCUUACCCAGGCUAUCCAGAGAAGAAGAACAACUAAAGCUCAAUAACCAUCAUCCCCUAAUAAAUGUAACAGCAAAUUAUUAAGGGGAUGAUAAUUAUUAGACUGGAAAGGAAAGUAUGAAGUACUACAUUGACAAAAAGGCAAGAUUCUUUUUCUGGCAAUUCACACAAAUAAUUUUGAGGCACAACAAUGUUGGGACAUUUUCAAAUGGUGAAUGUUUCCUUUUAAUCAUGAGUAAAGCUUUAUUUCACCCCCUCCCACUCAGUUUAUUUUAUUUUGUCAAUUGCCAAGUAAAUGGUUAUUCACUUAACAGAUAAGUAUUCAAUCUUUUCAGUUAAUCAUGGUCAUCUCUCUCUCCUUCAGUAUGGGGAAUGUAUAGGCAUUAAAUAUUUACAGCAUUUUUUAAAUCUAGAGGUUUAUUACCAAAAUACAUUUUAUAACAAUUUUUGAUUAAAAUGAUGAUGCUUAUUAACAAAACGACCAUUUCUAUUCCUACUAGUAUUGUAAAGUAUUUUUACAUUCACGUUCACAGUAAGUGUUUCCAUUGUGUUGGUGUGUGGUUUAAGUUUGUUCCAGAGAGCAUUGAAUGAAAGCUGAAGUUCCCAGUGCUCUCAUUGCACACCAUACCUUUUCUAGAUUAUUUCUGGCUUUUUAUUGAAGGAAGGAAGGAAGGAAGUGCAUGUUAUUUGAAUAUGGCAAUUGGAUGGAGCACUGACAUGUACCGCUACAUAUGUGAGAUUAUUGGUAAUGUGCAAUGUUCCUAGAUCUCACAAAUAACUUGUGUUGAGCCUAGAGAUGAUAACUGGUCAACAUGAAUAACCCAUGUCCUAGUCAAACCCUGUAUAUUGUAUUGAUGAAUGCAAAGCCCGGCUGAAACCAAAACCCUACUCUGUGCAAUUACACAAGUGUUGGGUUACUAGGCCAUGUAUUUAUUUAGCCGCUAGCCCGCUACACAGUGCUUUCUUGCAGUUGUGACGAAUUAACCUGUGAAAACCACUCAUUUAUUCCUGAUUAAACUGAGUUGUAGUGACUAACAGACCAUAUAAUUGCUAUUUUCUCAGAGUGCAUAGAGAGGACAUUUUUGUACUAGUUUUAGGUUAGAGGUUUGGUUGGUUUUAAUUAUCUGCUUAAAUUAAUCAAAUGUCUGAAAUAUUUUGUUUGUAAACCAUACUCCUUAUUUUGAGUUCUUUAUAUUGAUUCAAAAUCUAAUAAUAAAUAAAUGUUUAUGUAAAACUUA